AUGGCCUUCCGUCUGCCCAUCGUCCGUGCCUCGCGCCAGCUCUCGACGUCCGCACGCGCCAUGUCCGGCCCGGCCAAGGGCAGCGAGUUCAGCGAGGCCAUGCCCAAGGGCGGCCAGGGCGAUGCCUUCCAGAAGCGCGAGGGCGCCGAGGAGGCCAACUACAUCCGCCAGCAGGAGCAGGCCAAGCUUAAGGCCCGUGAGUGUAUGCGCGCCGAGUGCUGCAACUGGAGGAGAGAGAGGCAUGUGGUCGCCGCAGCGGAGAUGCUCGUGUAUGCGUGCACGCCGGCCGGUGUCCGCGUGGCGAAGACUCUGAAGGCAGCUCCAGCAAGGCGGCAGCCGCACGUGCGCCUGCGAUGCCACUUCGACGGACUCGAGACCCUUGCAGUCAUUCUCGCUGCGCAUGCCUGCCACUGCCAUCCUGUCAGCGCUUGUAGGCGCGAAGGAAGGUGCACCGCGAGCUCGCUGCCUGGUAGCCAGCCAUCGAGUUUGCGGUACAGCUUCCUUCUUGCGUACAAGCGCUGACAGGAUGUCCGUGACGUGCUGAGGUCUGGACCACGAAGCGUGCCGUCGUGGGCGCGACAGCAGUCCUGUGCAGGCUUGACCGUGACGAACACGGAAGAACGGCUGGGCAUCGACUCGAUGCUUCAGCUGUGCUUCCGUGUUCGUCGCGGAUAAGCAUGCACGGGGUUGAGGCAUGCGCGCUGAGCUCCAGCCGUGUUCGGCACUCGUUUGCACAGAUCUUGAGGGGUGUGCUGACGCCCGUGCUUUCUACCUGCAGUCGAGGAGAAGAACAAGAAGCUCGAGGAGGAGCUCGCCAAGCACAAGAAGUAAAGCAUCAUCGCGGUUUACGAGUGCACUUGACGCAAGUGGGCAGACCAGCGCGUGCAGUGACGCACCUCGUCGAGCCCUG